GGAAUCUCGAUGGUGGCAGUGCAGUUCUCUCAGUCACCUUUAGGUUGCGCUGUGUGCUCAUUCACUCAAAAGUGUUCAGCCAAUCAAAUGUGUUAUAACACACGGGAAAGACCCUUCACAUUUUUAGAAGAUGGCGACUGCUGAACCGGAAAAUUCAACAAAUCCAUUAAAUACAGAAGAAGACAAAAACGACGAAAAUAGGCAAGAGAUUGUGAGUCUUGAAGAUUACAUCAAGCAUCCUCUGCAAAAUAGAUGGGCACUUUGGUUCUUUAAAAAUGACAAAAGCAAAACAUGGCAAGCAAAUCUCCGUCUCAUCUCAAAGUUUGACACGGUGGAAGACUUUUGGGCGCUAUACAAUCACAUCCAAUUAUCAAGUAACUUAAUGUCAGGAUGUGACUACUCUCUUUUCAAGGAUGGCAUUGAGCCUAUGUGGGAGGAUGAAAGGAAUAAACGGGGAGGCCGCUGGCUGAUCACCCUUUCCAAACAGCAGCGCAGAGCCGACCUGGACCGCUUCUGGUUGGAGACGCUUCUGUGCCUUGUGGGAGAAGGAUUUGAUGACCACAGUGAUGAUGUCUGCGGUGCCGUCGUCAAUGUGCGAACAAAAGGAGACAAAAUAUCAAUAUGGACGACAGACUAUGAGAACAAAGAUGCUGUUGUACAUAUAGGGCGUGUGUAUAAGGAAAGAUUAGGUGUGCCAGCAAAGGUUAUCAUUGGAUACCAAUCACAUGCAGACACAGCCACGAAAAGUGGUUCAACUACGAAGAAUAAGUUUGUUGUUUAAGGAGCCCUUUUAAAGCACGUUGCUGCAACAAAAGUCUGAAUCUAUAUCAAGUUCAUAUCUUCAUCUGAAGGGACUAAUAAGUGGCUUUUUGACUAGUGAAAAAAAAGAAAAUUGACAAUUGUAAGCCUUUAAAUUUCUGGAUGGGGGUUAUAUUUCGAUCAGAGAAAUAUUGUAUUUGUACAGUGUAAAUACAAAGCCAUGUUUGUUUUUUAAAUGUCAGUGUAUUAAUGGAUCUUUUGCUGGUGAGAUGGGCAUAAAGGUGUGCAUUCAAUUCAAUAUAUGAAUGUUUUUGUUUCAUAGUUUGUUUACCUUUACGUGUUUAGUAAUAGUUACUAAAUCUUACGUUAAAUUAUUUAUUUUUUAUUCAGUCCAUUUGUUCCUGCUUCGGAUUUAGUGUUUGAUUUAUUUGGACAUGGCGGUAAAGUGAAUUUUGUAAUCACACAAAUUUUGUAUUUCUGCUUAAGAAUGUUUCUGUUCAAAUGUUGUAUAUAAGUUUAUUUUUGCAGCCUUGAUCAACAUGCCUAAUGUGUAGUGUUCAAGGCAGAAUUAACAAAUUAUCUCUGGUCUUCACCUUUCCUAAGGGGAUUUGUUGAGUAGUAAAAACACAAAAACUCCUCUCUUGAAAAUGGGUGCUUAUAAAAAUGACUGUAAAUAAAAUGUACAGUGCGUUGUCUAUACCUAGUGAAUAACUGCUAAAAAUACAUUAUUGAUAAAAUAAAUAUCUAAAAUUCUAAAUACAAAGCAAGAA